AUGAAUUUGUGUGAUACACCAUCAAUCAUUAUCUCAUCACCACCUAUUAUUCUUCAACAGCAACUAUGCAACACCACAGCAAAACAAAAUAGAAAUGAACUAACUACUAGUUAUUCAUAUCCACCUUCAUCUCAACAACAACAACAACCAUCUCAACCAUCUCCGUCACUAUUACAACAACAACAACAACAACAACCUACACUUAUUGAAAAAUCAAGUAAAGAGUAUCAUCUAUGUGCACUCUUUUCCAUUUUAUAUCCAUUCAAAUCGAAUUUUGGUAAUAGUCUUGGUGAUAUCCAUUCAAAUGUAAAUGGAGGUCAUCAUCUUUUUAAUAACAAUAAUAAUAAUGGUGGUGGUGGGUUAACUAUCCCAUUUGUACCUGUAUUGGAAGACAAUCAACCAAUUAAAUCAUGGAGUGAAAUUAUGGAUGAUGAAGAUCAAGAGAUGGAAAUGAACCAAUUAAAUGAUGACACAACAUCUUCUUAUUCUGAUAUAUCCUCAUCAACAACAACAACAUUUAAUAAUGAAACUGGAAUGUUUGAUAUGGACGAUGAUAGUGAUAAUGAAUCAAUUAAAAAGAAAAAGAAACAACUAAAGAAAACAAUAAAUAAUAAUAAUAAUAAUAAUUCAACUCUACCAUCAUCAUCAUCAUCAACUAAUAAGACGAAAAAGAAGAAUGGUAAUGGUAAUAAUAAGAGUAUGAAAAAGAUAUUUAUUGGUGGAAUUAAAUUUGAUGAUUUAACAGAUGAAGAAGAAAGACAAGUUCGUAUACUUAAAAUACUACAUUUAUUUCAAUCUUUGGGAAAGAUUGAAUCGGUUGAUGCACAUUGGGAAAAGGGAUAUUGUUUCAUUACCUAUCUCCAACACGGUAUUGCUCAACGAGUCGUCCAACAAAUGUCAAAUCACACCAAACGUUCUAAAAUGCUCCAAAACAUUAAAUCUUCAUUAUCACGUGAUAAUUUAAAUGUAAAGUGUACUCCUCUACCAACAUUUUAUGUUCGUUUACCUUCAAACAAAUCGAAUAACAAUGGUAGUAAUAAUAAACCAAAAUAA